AGCAGCAGGUUUGUGAGAGCAGCAGCCGGAGGAAGAGGAGGAGGAGAAGGGAAGGCGAGGUAAGGAGGACGAGGAAUCAGAGCGAGAGCAACGGUGUGGCUGCAGUCGGGGCGACGAGCACAGAGAGCAGAUCCGGAGAGAAGACAGGAUUCCCCCUCCUCGCCUCACUGACCCAUGAAAGAAGCCAUGCCGGUUCUCACAGCAGGAGCGGGGCUGCACGAAACUCUGGCCCUCCUGACCUCUCAGCUGCGGCCCGACGCCAACCACAAGGAGGACAUGGUCUUCCUCAAAGACGUCUUCAGUGAGCGGAGUUUGGGAUACCUCAUGAAGAUACACGAGAAGCUGCGGCAGUACGAGAGGCAGAGCCCCACGCCGGUGCUCCACAGUGCUGCUUCUCUGGCUGAAGACGUGGCAGACGAGCUUCAGAGUGGACCCAUGAGCACGGAGGAGAAGGAACUUCUGCACCUACUGACAUCCCCUCACCUGAAGGCCGUCCUCUCCGUGCACGACAUUGUGGCCCAGAAGAACUUUGACCCCGUGCUGCCACCGCUGCCGGACGACUUUGAAGACGAGCUGGAGGAAGAGUCUGUGAAGAUCGUCAGGCUGGUGAAGAACAAGGAGCCUCUGGGAGCCACCAUAAGACGUGAUGAAAGCUCGGGGGCCGUGAUCGUUGCACGGAUAAUGAGAGGAGGUGCAGCUGAUCGCAGCGGUUUGGUCCAUGUAGGAGACGAGCUCAGGGAAGUUAACGGAGUCUCUGUGAUCCACAAGAGGCCUGAUGAGAUCAGUCAGCUGUUGUCCCAGUCCCAGGGAUCCAUCACUCUAAAGAUAAUCCCAGCCAUCAAAGAGGAGGAUCGAUUAAAGGAGAGCAAGGUGUACGUGAGGGCCUUGUUCGACUACGUUCCCCUCGACGACAAGGCCACGCCCUGCCAGGAGGCGGGGCUUCCCUUCAAACGGGGAGACAUCCUGCAGGUGGUGACGCAGGACGACAGCACGUGGUGGCAGGCCAAGCGGGUGGGAGACAGCAACCUGCGGGCCGGACUCGUCCCCUCCAAGCAGUUCCAGGAGAGGCGGCUGGCCUACAGGAUGAAAAUGGGCUCGCUCCCGAAUCCCAAAUCCCCUAAAAAGCCUAUCUCUGAACAGGGAUGUGACAAAGAGGACUGUGACUGUGAGGGCUAUUUCAAUGGACAGUACAUAGUCUCUCCUAAGUGUAAAGCAGUGGCGCCCUCCUGUGGCCAGGUGUUUUCCUGGGAGUUUUACUCAGCCGGUCUGCGGAGGAGCUUCCGGCUGAGUCGGAAGGACCGGCAGAGCUCUGCCGGGGAGGGCUGCGACCCGGGAGACCCCGAGUACCUGACGUACGAGGAGGUGACCCGCUACCAGCAGAGGCCCAACGAGAGGCCCCGGCUGGUGGUGCUCAUCGGUUCUCUUGGAGCACGAAUCAACGAGCUGAAGCAGCGGGUGAUCGCUGAAAAUCCUCAUCGUUACGCAGUAGCUGUUCCACAUACUACCAGGCCCAAGAAGCCCCACGAGAAGGACGGGGUGGAGUACCAUUUUGUGACCAAACAGCAGUUUGAUGCAGAUGUUUUGAACAACAAGUUCAUAGAGCACGGCGAGUACAAGGAGAACCAGUACGGCACCAGUAUAGAGGCCAUCCGCUCCGUCCAGGCCAAGAAUAAGAUGUGUAUAGUUGAUGUGCAGCCAGAGGCCUUGAAGAGACUGCGGACAGCAGAGUUCAAGCCGUAUGUCAUAUUUGUGAAACCUCGCAUUCCUGAGAGCAGACGUCGACGCAGCGCAGCCACCUCACCGGGGGGAGGGGGGGGAGGAGAACACGGCCGCAUUACGGACGAAGACCUACUGGAGAUGCGUCAGUCUGCCAUCCAGACUGACCAGCAGUUUGGACACCAGGUGGACCGGUUCCUGAUCAAGGAGGACUCGGCCAGCGCUUGCACAGAGCUGCGAGGCAUCCUGGAGAGGCUGGAGCGGGAAUCCUUCUGGGUGCCUCUAGGCUGGGUCCGGACCUAAACUCACCCCUCUAACCCGUCCUGGGGACCUUCAGCCCCCCCAGAGGCCCGUCCAGGGUCAGCCAGACCUGCACCCAGGAAACAGACGUCAGGGGAGUCAUGAUUUACAGCAAAUUGCCCAAGUUCCUGUUGUGACGAUUACUUUCUAUUAAUGGGGGUUAGUUUGUAAGGGGAUUUCCAAUAAACUGCACCUUUUUAAACAAGUCACAAAAGAUCUUUUGACCAGACCCUGAUUCUGUUGGAGCAUCGAGACACGUCUUUACUCUCUUGAAUACAAAUAAGUCUUUGGACGGCAUUACCAUUUAAGGACUUUCUUUGAACUACUCUAAUUUACACAACUUGUUGUUUUACAAGUGUCCAUCACAUUUACGUUCCAGAGCUCCGUCAGCUUCAGCGGGACUCGGAGCAUCCUUGGUAGCAUGAUGUCUGUUUCGCAGCUUUACUCGACUCUGUUAAAUCUUCCUGCUCUCGCAUCCUGUUCAGGAGCCACCGUGACGGGACUCCCUCCUGACAGGAACCAAAGUCAAAUAUCCACACGGAAUGUGAACAUAUUUUCUAUUACUGUUUUUAGGAGAUGCAUGAGAUCUUAUUUAAUGUAUAUAUUGUAAAUGUGACUCCUUGCGUGCCAACGAGAGAUGUCGUAGCACUUCAAUGCAACCUGUUUACCUUGGCUCCUCGGGAACCCUCAGUUCAACGAUAUUGUGCACAUGGUUCGUGGAGGACGUCGCUGUGUGCGACGACAUAAUCAACACGCUCCUUUUAUACAGUUUCCUGGCAUAUCUCUAUUUUUGACUGCAGAAGGGAGAAUGUCUGGACUUUUUAAGGAUGAUUUCAAAAUGAGGACAAACAAUCUUCUCAUUGCCAAACGGGAGGAAUGAUUGUAGCAACCACAAGCUAUUCUUGCAUGCAAAUGUCAUUUUGAGACUUGAAAAAUAAUCAGGAAAUACAUUUUGUUUUUUCAACCACUUUUACACUGGCAUUUGGUUCAAACCUGUCGGCGUCUAAAGACACGUGCAUCAUUUAUGUGCUGUAUGAACUAAAAACCCAGGAUGUGGAGUUUGUAACC